AUUUGGCUUUUUAUGUUUGGCGGCCACUAGAAGUAGAAUUGGCAUAGGCAGAAUAUCCAAAUCUCAUUCUCACAAGUCACACCUAGCAGUGCGGCGCCGUUUCAGUGAGACGCGGAGCUCUCCUUCCAUGGCAGCCAUGUCUAUUGUUCCCACAUUCCCAGCCUCCCAAACUCCCUGUACCUUCCCCGUCUUUUCGUCGUUUCCGUCUUCUCACGUCGCUCUCAAUCGGACGGCCUCGGCAUCUUUCUGGUGCUGCUCUUUAUCGCCGCAGUCCCAAGCGGCGGUGGUGAAUGGCAGACCAGAUGGCACCAUUUCAGAGAGGAACGAGAUUCGUCUUGGGCUUCCCAGCAAAGGUCGAAUGGCUGAAGACACUCUCGAUCUUCUCAAGGACUGUCAAUUGUCGGUCAAGCAAGUCAAUCCUCGACAGUAUGUUGCUCAAAUUCCCCAACUCUCCAACUUGGAAGUGUGGUUUCAGCGGCCCAAAGACAUUGUACGGAAGUUAUUGUCUGGAGAUUUAGACCUUGGAAUCGUUGGUUUGGAUACUGUCAGUGAAUAUGGGCAGGAGAGCGAUGAUCUCAUUGUUGUUCAUGAUGCUCUCGACUACGGAGAUUGUCGUUUAUCUAUUGCUAUUCCAAAAUAUGGGAUUUUCGAAAACAUUAAUUCAUUAAGGGAGCUAGCACAAAUGCCUCAAUGGACAGAGUCCAAACCUCUUCGAGUUGCUACUGGCUUUACUUAUCUUGGUCCUAAAUUUAUGAAAGAAAAUGGAUUGAAGUAUGUGAGUUUCUCAACUGCUGAUGGAGCAUUGGAGGCAGCUCCUGCGAUGGGGAUAGCUGAUGCUAUAUUGGACCUUGUCAGUAGUGGAACAACAUUGAGAGAAAACAACUUGAAGGAAAUUGAAGGUGGAGUUUUAUUGGAAAGCCAAGCAGUUCUUGUCGCAAGUCGGAGAUCAUUAAUCCAGAGGAAAGGUGUACUUGACACUACACAUGAAAUUCUUGAAAGAUUGGAGGCACAUCUGAGGGCUGUGGGUCAGUUGACGGUAACUGCAAACAUGAGAGGAAAUAGUGCAGAGGAAGUGGCUGAGCGAAUUUUGAGCCAGACGUCAUUAUCUGGGUUGCAGGGACCUACUGUAAGUCCUGUUUUCUGUAAACGUGAUGGAAGGGUAGUUGCUGAUUACUAUGCCAUAGUCAUAUGCGUACCCGUAAAAGAAAUGUACAAGUCUGUUCAACAGCUGAGAGCGAUUGGAGGAAGUGGAGUUUUAGUUUCUCCCUUGACCUACAUUUUUGAUGAAGAAACUCCAAGAUGGCGUGUGCUUCUUUCGAAACUCGGUCUUUAGUGAUCUUCCUCUAGUCCUCUGCGCUUGGGUGAUGCCUAAGGGGUUGUUUUAUGCAUUUGCUGUUGCUGUAGUACCACAUGCAUAUUUGUUUCUUUAAGUUAUCCUAAUAUGUGGUGAAUUGUUAAGAGGGUAGAUCUCAAUGUUGAAAAGAAUGUAAACGGCUAUGGAAAUUUUGUAUUAUACUCAUGUUUGAAUAGACAAACCUUAGUGUGUUGGUGGAAGUUUCGAUUUCCCCCAAACAACUUCUUACUUCUCUCAAUUUCAUGGCUGUAACCAUAAUAGUACCGGUUGUAUGAGAAGAUAGUUUCCUGGUUGCUUAGGAUGUUUCUAUAUUAUGUGUUCUCACUUGUUACAUUGAACCCAAAAAUUGAUCUCUAAAUGGUUGGAUUUAUGUCCUCAUUAAGUAAUGAUGUGAUUAUUAUUAUUAUUUUUUAAA